AUGCAGUUCACCACCUCUACCAUCGCCCUCAUCGCCGCCCUGAUGGCCUCCCAAGUCUCGGGCAUGCCCACCGAUCUCUUUACCCGAGCCAACACCUGCGGCGCUACCCCCAGCGCUAGCGGCACCCAGACCCCGCUGUCCUCGCCCACUGCCGUUACGGCGGACGCCUGCCAGGCCGCCUGCGAGUCCAACGCCAGCUGCAAGUCUUUCGCCUUCGGCCUGCCCCCCAACUCCGACGCCCCCGUGUGCAAGCUCUUCUCUGUCGCCGCCGCCCAGGUCUCCGCCCAGGACACCAACGUCGUCGUCUACGACCUUGCCUGCAGCAGCGUCCCUAACACGGAGCCCACCACCGCCUCUCCCCACGGCGAGUUCCAGGAGUCGGGCACGACUGAGCAGACCGGAAAUCAGCAGCAGCAACAGCAGCAGCAGAAGCGCGACAUCUGUGGCGCCAAGCCCACCGGCUCCGGCACCGCCCCCACUCCCCUUAAGACCAACGCCGCCAUUACCUCCUCCGACGCCUGCCUGGCCCUGGGUCAGAGCACCGUCGGGUGCAAGUCGGUCGAGUUUGGCAAGUUCAACGCCGGCGAGGCCCAGCAGUGCCGUCUGUUCAACGUCGCCGCUGCCCAGCUUCCCCCUCCCACUGCGGGCCAGAGCUUUGUCGCUUUCGAUAUCGCUUGCUAA